AUGACUUUAAAUGACACCAUAGACUGGCAGCCAGGUGAUAAAAUAGUAGUUGGCUCUACUUCAUUUGAAGCUCACCAAGCUGAAGUUUUCCAUUUAAGAGACGUGUAUGGCUACUUAAUUCGAAUUUGGGGGAAACUUAAUUACCGACAUACUGGCACUACCUACAACAUAGAGGAUGCUUGGAGAAUCCCACUGGCAGCUGAAGUUGGCCUGUUGUCUCGGAAUGUUCACAUUGAAGCUGAUAUACCCUGUACUGGAAGGAUAUUGGUGGGACAGUAUAAAAACGAUCAGAAUAAAGAACAUAUUGGAACUUUGGAGAUUUCAAACGUUGAAAUUUCAAACUUUGGAUCCUCUUUACAUUCAGCAAUAACGUUUAGAAAUACCUCACACCACUCGUCAAUUGUAUCUUCAAGCAUUCAUCAGAAUUGUGGAGGUGGGAUCCAUGCUUCUAACAGCUCAAAUAUUUUACUACACUCUAAUGUGAUCGUUAACCUCACUGGCCAUGGAAUCCACGUUAUUGGAGAUAACUUUACCGUGACCAAUAACCUGCUUGUUCUAAUAAAGCAACCCGAUACCCAGUCAGAAUGGGUUAAAGGCAUUAAGAUGCAUUACCUUAGUCAAGCUUCUUUGUCUAUGAAUGCAGUAGCGGGAUCAGAAAGAAUUGCUUAUCACGUGCAAGGUGAAAGCUGUUAUUCAGAUGAAAUCUCUUUCUCGGCCAAUGUGGCCCAUUCAAGUCUUCAUGGUCUUCAUAUCUACUGGGAUGAUGGCUUUAAGAACUGUACAAAGAUAACUGGAUUCACUUGUUAUAAGAACUAUGAUUAUGGUUUAGUUUUCUUCCUUGAGGGCAGUGUAAGGAUUGAGAAUGUUGCUCUUGUGGACAAUGGCAUUGGUCUUUUUCCAGUGGUCUCCCAAGGAUCUGUGGAGUCGUAUAAGUACCCAAAACACGAUGUAACUCUUCAAAAAUCAGUAAUAAGUGCAUCUAGUCCCAGUUUUGAUUGCAUCAGAGACAGGAUCAAACCUUUUUCUGCUCUUGUCACAAUGAGAGACCGGGCACCGUUUUCACCUUUCGGAGGUCGCAUUGGCAUCCUUUGGCCAACAUUUACUGAAAGGCCACGGCGAUGGCCAAAUUACGCAUGGCACAUGCUAGGAAGUGAUGGAGCUGUCCCAGGCAUCAUGAAGCUGCAAGAUGUUACAUUCUCUGGGUUUAAGAGAAGCUGCUACAGCAAUGACGUUGACACGUGUAUAAUGUCGAAUCCAGAAAGUCCAGCCAUAAUGACCCCAGUGACUGGAAAAAGGAUAAAAGUGCUCCAUAUUUCACAGGAAAACAAGUUCUACUUCCAUCAGAUGCCGAGGACUCCGGAAUGUCCAGCAUCGAUGGAAUGCUCAGGGACUCAGAUGGCCUUAUUCAAGGAUCUGGAUGGAACGUUCACAGGCCUGUCCCCUCCGAUUUCUGUCUUUCCCAAGUCUGAACUCGGUAUCCUGCAACCUUGUUUCAACUUUGGGCAGAAUCAGUGGGCACUCCCACCAGAUGUGGAGAAGAGUGCCUUUUGCCUUCUGGCACCUCCAACAUGUCGGAGGGUUUUGAGGAUUCCACUUGUGGAGUUUGUCCGGGGUGUUGUACCAGUGUGUCAGCAGCUUGUAGCCUGUUUCCUGGACAAGUGUACUUAUGGAGCCUUUAUGAGCUAA